AUGAAAGCAUAUAACUUCCUGGUUUUGCUUCUCACAGGGCCAGUAUCAGUCUUUGCUGAUACCCUUCCAUGGAUGAACCAAUCCUUGUCUGUGGAGGACCGUCUCAAGCUGUUCGUCGGGUCACUCAACAACACCCAGAAGCAGCGGAUGACAUCUGGCGACACCGAGCUCGAUGAUAACGGCACUGGAGUCAAUGCGUGUAUUGGUCACAUCAGUGCUGACGAGUCAAGUGGUGUACCAGGUAUUUGCAUGGGCGAUGGUCCUGCAGGUGUGAGCAAUGCCAUGACCAAUGUGACCACAUUUCCUGCUCCAGUGCUGUCUGCCAGCUCUUGGAACUCCACCGUACAAUAUGUGUAUGGUCAAGCCAUGGCCGCCGAGCACCGUGGCAAAGGUCGGAACGUUGUCCUUGCCCCAACACUGAACAUCCUCCGGUCUCCGCUCUGGGGUCGUUCCGCUGAGACCUUUUCAGAGGAUCCGUGGCUAACUUCGCGUUUUGCUGUUGCUGCCGUCCAAGGUAUUCAGAGCCAGGGAGUCCUCGCAUGUCCCAAACAUUUCGCAGCUUAUAACCAGGAAACAAAUCGCUUCGGCCCUCUGCCUGACUACAAUGCUGUCGAUGCACAAGCUACGGUGAAAGAGGCCGAUCCUGGGUGCGUGAUGUGCUCAUACAAUAAGGUCAAUGGACAGUACGCUUGUCAGAAUGAUUAUCUGCUCAAUACUGUGCUCAAAGACGACUGGGGUUUCCAAGGGUUUGUGGUUGCUGAUUGGUACUUUUCAACACGGAGCACCGUCCCGUCCAUCAUGGGCGGCCUGGACAUCAAUAUGCCCGGAGGGGACCUCUACGAGCUGUUCGGGCUUGCGGACUUUUUCGGGGAGCCCUUCACCGAAGCGCUGGGCAACGGCACAGUCACUCAAGAACGUCUCGAUGACAUGGUCGAGAGAGUGUGGCGCUACAUGUUCAAGCUCGGGCAGGUUGACUACCCCACUGAAGGAAACUCCACCGCCCCAGUCAGAACUCAAGAGCAUCUUGACCUGGCUCAAAGCAUGGUGGAAGAUGGAGCCGUGCUGUUGAAGAACGAGGCAGCCACCUUGCCACUGUCUCCGGAGAAUUACACAAAGAUAGCUGUCUUCGGGAUUGGUGCGACCAAGCAGAAUCAAGUCACCCUGAACCAUGGUGGCUUUGUCAAAGAUUCCACUAUGGUGGUUCAAGCACCGCUCGACGCUCUGGACAAGCGAUCAACUGCCGAGAACAUCACAUUGAAGUAUGCUGAAGCCUAUCCUGGCAACGGCAUCUUUCCGACGAUUCCACCUUCGAUGUUCAAGGAGGGCGGCGUCAAUGUCACGUACUUUACGAAUCUUGACUUCGAACGCCCAGCGAACACCACGGAUUUCCUGCCAAACAUCACAUCUGCAACGUAUCCUGACUACCUCUGGGAAUCAUAUCCGGAUACGUUCUCUGCUAUUUACGAGGCGACCUUUCUUCCAAAUACGACCGGCGGCUAUCACUUCUCCAUGGUCGGGCAAGGCACCGCGUUAUUGUACUUGAACGAUGUCCUCGUCGGGAACAUGUCAUAUCACAACUUCGGUGGCAACUACAUCCAGGGAUACGCUUACCUGGAAGCCGGUGCCGAGGUUAAACUCACGCUGAAGUAUGACAUGGGCUACUCUUUGCUGACAGGAGCAUUUGGCAUCACUCUCGGCGUGUCCACUGGCAAUUUGACCAGGGAUAGCGAAGCCGAAGAGCUAGCCGAGUGGGCAGAUAUCAGUGUCGUAUUUGCCAACGACAGGAUCUCCGAAGGCAUGGACAGUGGCGUCGGUCUCGCGUUGCCAGGUGACCAGAAUGCCGUGAUCGACCGGCUGUCGAAGGCCUCCUCGAAGACAGUCGUUGUGCUCAAUACCAAUUCCGCCAUCCUCAUGCCAUGGAUCGACCAGGUUGAUGCCGUCAUGGAGAUAUGGUAUCCGGGUCAGCAGGUAGGGCUCGCUCUUGAGCGGCUUUUGUUUGGCGACGUCAGCCCGAGCGGACACCUGCCAGUGACCUUUCCCAUGCAACUUGACGAUGCCAUCCUAAUCAACACGAAUAUCGAGGCGCCCUUCGAUGAGGGACUUUAUGUCGGCUACAAGAUGUUCGACAAGAAGGGAAUAGAACCUCUGUUUCCCUUCGGCCAUGGCCUGACGUACACGGACUGGCAACUCGAGAACCUAGAUGUCACCAAGAAUGACACAGCCAUCUCAGCUACACUGGUAUUGGAGAACACAGGCGAUGUCGAUGCGCGACAGGUAGUCCAACUAUACGUGGCGUUCCCAGAGGCUGCGGACGAGCCGCCAAAGUUGCUCAAGGCGUUCGAAAAAUGCUACGUCGAGGCAGGUCAGAACGUGGCACUUGCAUUGUCCGUGGCUUUCGAUGAUUUACAGGUAUACAGUGAAGAGACGAAAGACUGGGAAAUGGUUGCAGGGGAGUAUAACGUCAUGCUCGGCUUCUCUGCGGGCGACAUGAAGCUCCAGCAGGCCGUCCAAUUACCAUAG